AGAGCUCAUAGCCAUCAAGGAAAUUCCUACUUUAGUAGUAUUAUUUGUUCCCUAUGGCUCAAACAGGAAGCAACAUUUGCAGCUUGUAUGGGUCUGAGGAGACAAAUGCUAUUCACAUUGGCGACGGUGAUGAAAACAUUAUAGUGAAUCCUAACUUCGAUGAUGGCCUCAAUAAUUGGUCCGGAAGAGGCUGCAAUAUUGUUCUGCAUGAUUCAAUGGGUGAUGGCAAGGUGCUUCCAUUGAAUGGGAAGUACUUUGUUGCUGCGACCAAUCGAACGCAAAAUUGGAACGGCAUUCAGCAGGAUAUCACCGGCGGGGUGCAGCGAAAGCUCUUGUACGAGGUCACUGCAACAGUUAGGAUAUUCGGAAAUGUUUCGACUUCUGAUGUUCGAGCAACUCUAUAUGUUCAAACCCCCAAUGGCCGAGAUCAAUACAUAGGCGUCGGAAAUUUGCAGGCAACAGAUAAGGAUUGGGCACAGUUGCAGGGAAAGUUUUUUUUGAACGGUGUUGCUUCGAAAGCCGUGAUAUAUAUUGAGGGCCCGCCUCCGGGAACUGAUCUUCUUCUUAACAGUUUAGUUAUUAAACAUGCAGAAAAGCCCGCUCCGGUAUCUCCUCCGGACUUUCAGAAUGUUCACUACGGCGUAAACAUCAUUCAGAACAGCAAUCUCAGUGAUGGUCUGAAUGGGUGGUCCCCUCUCGGUCCAUGCACGCUAAGCAUCGCCAACGGUUCGCCUCGCGUCCUCCCUCCGAUGGCAAGAGAUUCUCUCGGACAGCACGGAUCGUUAAACGGUCGCUACAUUCUCGUAACGAACCGCACCCAGACAUGGAUGGGGCCAUCACAAACAAUCACGGACAAGCUGAGCUUAUUCGUGACCUAUCAAGUAACAGCUUGGGUUCGAAUUGGGUCUCAGAAAAAUGGUCCCCAAAAUAUAAAUGCCGCGCUCGGUGUCGAUAAUCAAUGGGUCAACGGUGGCCAAGUUGAAGCGAGCGACGAUCGGUGGUACGAGAUUGGGGGAGCGUUUAGGAUCGAGAAGCAACCUUCGAGGGUCCUAGUUUACAUUCAAGGCCCUGCGGCGGGAAUUGAUCUGAUGGUUGCAGGGCUUCAGAUAUUUCCUGUUGAUAGAAAAGCAAGAUUCAAGCAUCUAAAGAAUCUAACAGACAAGGUACGGAAACGAGACGUAGUUCUGAAGUUCUCAGGAUCGAAUGGCGAGAAUCCCUCCGGAGCAAUGGUAAGAGUGAAGCAGACACAGAACAGCUUCCCCUUCGGCUCAUGCAUCAUGCGAACCAACAUAGACAACGAGGACUUCGUGAGCUUCUUCGUGAAGCACUUCAACUGGGCAGUGUUUGGGAACGAGCUCAAGUGGUACUGGACCGAACCGCAGCAAGGGGUCCUAAACUACGCCGACGCAGAUGAGCUUAUAGACCUGUGCAACAAGAAUAACAUAAGCAUGAGAGGCCACUGCAUAUUCUGGGAAGUCGAGAGUGCCGUCCAACAGUGGGUUCGUGGCUUGAACAAUAACGACUUAAUGACGGCCGUUCAAAACCGUCUUAACGGCCUCCUGACAAGGUACAAAGGUAAAUUCAAACACUAUGAUGUGGACAAUGAGAUGCUCCAUGGCUCAUUCUACCAAGAUAGGCUGGGAAAAGAAAUAAGAGCUUACAUGUUCAAAACAGCUAAUCAGCUGGACUCUUCUCCUACUCUUUUUGUGAAUGACUACCAUGUUGAAGAUGCAGCUGAUACAAGAGCAUGCCCUGAGAAGUAUAUAGAGCAAAUACUUGGUUUGCAGGAUCAAGGUGCAGUUGUUGGAGGGAUUGGUGUGCAAGCCCACACAGAUUACCCAGUCGGGCCUAUACUGAGCGCCUCAUUCGAUAAGUUAGGUGUGCUAGGCCUUCCAAUUUGGUUAACUGAACUAGAUGUUUCUUCUGUAAAUGAAUACAUCCGGGCCGACGACUUAGAGGUCGUGCUUCGAGAGGCCUACGCGCACCCAGCGGUCGAAGGGAUUAUGCUCUGGGGCUUCUGGGAGUUGUUCAUGAGUAGGGACAAUGCACACCUGGUUAAUGCUGAAGGGGAUGUUAAUGAAGCUGGUAAGAAGCUCAUAGCUUUGAAGCAAGAGUGGCUGUCGCAUGCUCACGGGCACGCCGAUGAUCAAGGGCAGUUCCAGUUCAGAGGAUUUCCUGGUUCCUACAAAGUCGAGGUCGUUACCCUCACGAAGAAAUACUAUCAGACUUUUACUGUCGAUAAGGGUGAUUCGCCUUUGGUGGUGAAUAUUAGCAUCUGAAUGAUGGUAUAAUGAACUCUAUACAUAUAUAUAUAUAUAGAAAAAUAGAUACACAUAUAAAGGGAAUAAGGAGCUCUAUCCAUGCUUAUCAUGGUGCCCGUGCUCUUACAAGUAAGAAAAUAAGUUAAAUGACUGCGGCUACAACUUCUGUUUCCUAUUGGUGCGAAAAGAACUACAUGUAACCAAUUUGUUUUCACUUUUGCAUAGAAAUGUGGUAUGUAAUUUGUUAUGUUGAUGAGAGGAAAUUAUACAAUGAUACCAGAUACAUAUAUUACAACUGAAA